AGAAAUCCCACAUUAAUUGCAUCGCGGACUUUCGCUUCCUCUUCUACUUGUCUCUUCAUCGCACUUCUGCAUACAGAAGGUUGAGGAAGACAUUUUUGUCGAGAUCUUCAACAUGCAGAUCUUCGUCAAGACCCUCACGGGUAAGACCAUCACCCUUGAGGUGGAGUCUUCCGAUACCAUUGACAAUGUCAAGUCCAAGAUCCAAGACAAGGAAGGAAUCCCGCCUGACCAGCAACGCCUGAUUUUCGCCGGCAAGCAACUCGAAGACGGCCGUACUCUGUCCGACUACAACAUCCAGAAGGAGUCGACUCUGCACUUGGUCCUGCGUCUGCGUGGUGGAGCCAAGAAGCGCAAGAAGAAGGUUUACACCACCCCGAAGAAGAUCAAGCACAAGCGCAAGAAGACCAAGUUGGCCGUGCUCAAGUACUACAAGGUCGACGGUGACGGCAAGAUCGAGCGUCUGCGACGUGAGUGCCCGGCCAAGGAGUGCGGUGCUGGUAUCUUCAUGGCUGCCAUGCACAACCGUCAAUACUGCGGUCGCUGCCACUUGACCUAUGUCUUUGACGAGACGAAAUAAGUUAGUGGUGGAUUGCCGGACUUGAGAUGAAUUACCGCUCGGAAGGAGACAAGUGCAAUGGGACGGCCUCGUAUAUAGUCAAUGGAAUACGUGGCUAGGCCUGUGAGCCAAUUCAUCCAAAAUGCUGUCUUGUUCUCAGCUGUUGGGAGAAUACUGUUCAUAUUUCGCGUGCGAUAGUCUUCCUACGGCCGAGUUUUCUCACGUUGUGUUGCCGCUUGGGUGUCAAAGUAUUGAGAACUCGUCGCCGUCCGCUUGUGGUACGGCACAUAGUGUAGUUUACAAGAAGCAGGUCUUCAGGACGUGCUGCUCGCUCAGCCUGUCUACUGUAAUGCGAUAAUAGUGAGGACACCGA